AUGGGUGAAAAUCGGGUUUUCGCUGUCACUGUGUUUUUUAUUUGUUUUCGAGAAUGUCUCGAGACAACAGUGGUUGUGUCGGUUCUACUGGCUUUCUUGAAGCAGACCCUCUAUGAGAGUGAUCGCUCGACAUAUAGAAAACUAGUGAAACAAGUCUGGCUAGGGUGCGGCUUAGGCCUAUUUAUUUGUCUUGCAGUCGGCGCAGGCAUGAUUGGUGCUUUUUACGGACUUGGAACAGACACUUUCUCCGGCACUGAGGAUAUUUGGGAAGGCGUGCUGGGAAUUAUUGCGGCACUCAUCAUCACUAUUAUGGGAGCUGCCCUUCUGCGCGUGUCUAAGCUUCAAGAUAAAUGGCGUGUCAAGCUUGCCAAGGCUCUCUCACACGAGCGUGAUCCUAAUGAGACCAGAAAGGGUCGCUUUAAGAGAUGGAUGGAGAAAUACGCUAUGUUUAUCCUUCCAUUUAUCACGGUCCUCCGUGAGGGUCUCGAGUGCGUUGUCUAUGUCGGUGGCGUUGGGUUAGGGCUUCCUGCCACUUCUUUCCCUUUGGCCGUCUUUUGCGGCCUUUUGGCCGGUGCCGCAGUGGGCUAUGUUAUCUACCGAGGUGGACGACAAACUUCGAUGCAGAUAUUCUUGAUUAUCUCCACUUGCUUCCUUUAUCUCGUUGCUGCCGGUCUUUUCUCGCGUGGUGUCUGGUUCUUGGAGAACAACACCUGGAACCACAUCAUCGGAGGUGACGCGGCCGAGACUGGCUCUGGUGCAGGGUCCUACGACAUCCGAAAGAGUGUCUGGCACGUCAACUGCUGCAACCCGCUGAUAGGAGGUGGCGGUGGUUGGGGCAUCUUCAAUGCGCUUUUUGGUUGGACCAAUUCUGCUGAUUACGGCUCCGUGCUUGCAUACAACUUCUACUGGAUCUCUGUCAUGGUUGGUUACGCGCUGAUGUUCUACCGUGAGAAGCGUGGAGCUAUUCCUAUCAUCGAUCCGGCUAUAAACGGCGUUGCAAGAGCCAAGGCCAGGGCUAGGGCCUUUGUUCUGCGCCGACCCUAUGAAGAUCCGGUGACACCUGUUGAGAUAACACCGGUUCCCGUUCGGGAGAAGCAUGCAGAGACUGGCGUCCUGGCUCUUUAG